AUGGGAAAUGCCGAGAAUGAUGAAAGACACCUAGCAAGUGUCAGGCCGGAACGAGCUCCAGCACUGAAGACCAGCGAAUGGCUAGCGGUUCUGGUACCAAUUAUUCAACCAUGGCACACACUGGUGCUCAUGGAAACACAACCCCAACCGCCAAUGUUCCUUCUGGAAAUCUUCUUGAUGCUUAAAUAUUUGCCAGAAAUUUAA